AUGAGCUGGGAUGAUACCUCUCGUUGGGAGGGUUUCUCCGACGAGAGGCCGACAACUCAGACCAGUACUCAAGCACCGCCUCCAAUGGCAAUGGCAAUUGAACCGGCCGCAAGACUAACUCCCGCCCUCACAGCCGCAACGAGACCCAACGUGACAGCUCGACCGGCAACAGAAAAGGUCCCUCUGCCGCUGGCGAUUGCGACUCACCUCCAGGGCAUCAUCCCAGCUUGUCGGGAGAAACUCCUCCCGACAAGAGGGUAUUCAUCCCAGCUUGUUGGGAGGAAUCACUCCCGGCGAGCUGAUAUCCGCCAGGUUUGGGCGGAAAAACAGCCAUCCGCAGCCAAAUCCGCACCCGCUGGCACUGGCGGGUAUCGCCAGCGGAUAGUGGAUAUCCGCAAUCAUCUCUAG